AUGGCCGAAGCAGAGGGCAUGAUAUGUCCGGUAUGUCUGAGCCAGUUUGGUUCAGUGGGUUCGCUCGAGAGACAUUGGGCAGAGGCACAUUCCACCACACCCACCCAGACGUCCGCGUUUAAAAACUUCUUUAAAACAUUAACGAGAACAGCUGAGGAGGCUUUUGAUGCCACUGAAGACGCUAUACUCGAAGAUAGAGAUAGAGAAAAGCCACAGAAACAAACACUGAUAGAUCUGAAGAGUAUGGAGACCCUUGCAGGCAUUUAA